GCGUGUCUGCUCUGUUCUUCUUCUCGAUUCUUCCUCCCGACAAGCCCCCAAGCCACGGACUCUCUCCCCCUUGAAAAACCCGGUGAGAUCUUGAUGAAUUUCUCCUUCUUUUCUUGUUCUUGAACCCAGAAACUCCCCCCUCUCUGUUGGAAAUUCCAGAUCUGCUCUGCGUCUUUUCCCCCUUCUGCUGUUCGUCGGCUUCAGCUUGUGGGUUUGAAAUUUGGGCAUUUUUCGGGUAAGCCACAGCCGUGAAAAUCAUCUCUUUAGCUUUGAUUUGGCUUGGGUUACUCUAAUCUCUGUUUUGGUUCUUGAAUUUGGGUUAAUUCCGUGAGCUCCCCCCCCUGCACUUGCCGCCGACUUCUUCUCCCUGCUAGCUCCGGUUUUGCUUGUUAAAUUCCGGUUCUGAUCGUUCUGUCACCGUAGCACUUGGGUUAGCCUUCUAUUCUGUGCGAGUGAGGUAAGUAAAUUAUGGUAAAGCCCUUCGAUUUUAAAGCAUGUUUUAAACUGUUUUUGAGAUGGUGGCAAGGUUUAAAGUGAUUUUAAAUUGAUUUUAUCAGCAUCUGAAUGUAAUUAAACUGAAAUGGAAAUUGUGAUGGUUUUUAUGAGAAUUUCACUGUUUUUCUGGAAUUGAGCAUGAUUGGGGUGAAAAUGGGAAUUUCAUUGUUUUCUGGAAUUGACCAUGAUUGAAAUGAAAAGUGAGAAUUUCAUUGUUUUUCUGGAGUUAUUGCACCGAGCAUGAUUGGUUUGAAAUGAAACUGUUUUCAUUGGUAUUGAGUAGAGCAUGCCUAUUUGGAAUUGACUGAACUGUUUUGAUGAACUGAGAGUUACAAAUUCUGAGUUUUCUGAUAAAUCCAUGCCCACAUGGAUUUUUCUGGUUAUUUCUGAAAUUGGGAUUGAUUGUGAAAUUCGGCUUCUCUUGGGAGUUGUAAACACUGGCACCAUUACUGACGCCUGCCAGUGGGAGUUGUUAAACACUGGCACUUCUGUAACCUUGCCUAUGGGGUUAAACAUUGGCAACUACUGUGCCCGUCAGUGGGAGGUUUAUAAACGCUGGCCAUGACUUAUAGAUGAGACUACUGAACUGAGUUUUAUUCUGCAUGAACGGUUUGUCAUGAAUGCUUUGCAACUGAACUGAAUCUGAUUUUGUCAUUGAGCGUUUUAGUAUAUUAAACUGUUUAUCUGGCAUGCUUCAAAGUUUUACCCAAGGGCUAUCCAUAUUUACUUGCUGAGUUUAUCUAAUAGUUUUCCUUGUCCACCAUUUCAGGAAGCGAAACCGAGGACGGGGAAACCGAGGGGAGUGACGAAUCAGAAGGCUAGCCAUUCAAUUGGGGUAUAAGUUUUAGAUUUUAUCAUCCUUUUGUAAGGUUGAUUUUAUUCAUGAGAUUUUGUGAUUUGGAUAAGUUUCGAGCCUUGUGCACUUGUGGGACCCGUUUCACGAGUGCACGGCGUCUGUCGCGCCUCGGAUUUGGGUUCUGGGGCGUGACAAUAUUAAAUUAAAAUAUAUACUAAUUAGUGUCUUUUUUGGCAAUCAUCUUGAAAAGAUUUUUGUACUUCUUUUUUUUCUUGUUUCUUUCUUCUUUUGUCUUUUGUUCUCUUUGAAUUUCAAUUAAACAUAAAUAAUAAUGAAUAUUGAAGCGAGCAUCUAGCUCCUACAUCAUGCUAUUAUUCAUUCUUUGAAUUUCAAAGAAACAUAAAGUGUAAAC